AUGGUGGGGGUGGGCUGUUUUGUUUUGCCACCAUCACAGAUCAGUUCUUCCAGCUCAGAGCUGACUGUGGAGAUUUCCAGGUGGACGGGUGAUGCCACGGAAGCCCAGUUAGGGACAGCGAGAGCUACAAACCGUUACGUGUGGGCUGGCCUGGGACUCAACGCCCCGCUGCGUGAAAUCCCCGUUCCUUCUGCCGACCCCUCACCCCGCAAAGGCAUCCAGAGCGCCAGAGGAGGCGCAAUGGAGACCAGGCUGCCUGCGAGGAGACAGGUGGGGCAAGGCAGGGAGCGGUGUCCCGGCCGCGGGGAGGCUGCCAGCGGCCGGUGUCCGUCCCGGUGUCCGUCCCGGUGCCCGUCCCGGUGCCCGUCCCGGUGCCCGUCCCGGUGUCCGUCCCGGUGUCCGUCCCGCCCUGCCUUCCGGAUCCUUCCCGCCGCACGGGAAGCGCGGCGCCGCCGCCUUGCCAUAUAUGGGCACGGCCGGAAGCGCGCGCGUCACGCCGCUGGCUCGCGGCGGCCCCGCGGGGAGCGGGACGUCACGUCACGUCCCUGGCGCGCCCGCGCGCGGCGCCCCGGCAACCAAACAGUAAACACGGGCGCGCGCAGGCGCGGCGCGGCGGGGCGGGGCGCGCGGCGGGGCCCGGGCUGCGCUCUGCCCGCCGUGAGGGCCCCGCGGGGCCGCGCCGGGGCCAGCCCGACUCGGGAACCUCGCGCUGAUCUCAGUUGCAUUUCUAAGAAUUAAUUACACUACUGCCCUCAGAAGGAUCAGGAGCGCAGGAGGCGUCAGAAAUAAGACGAGCGCUCCCUACUUGUCUUAUCUCGUUCCAUUGUUGUGUUUCACAAAGCUUUACGCUGGUAUCUAUGUGAUGUAUCAGAUACAACUUGUAAUUGAAGCACGUGCUUAUAACACAUUGCAGGCAGAGAUUGCUGCAUUUUUCCUCAGCUGAAGAUAGUGCCAAGAUGCCCCCUCUUUUAAGUGCGACUUCACUACAUAAUUCUCAAUGCUAGGAAGCAGAUAAAUCACGUUCAUAACACAGCAUAAAUUUUAUGUAGUGCAUCCUGAAUUCUGGGUUGUUUGUGGCUGAAGGCAAGGAGUAAGGCUGGAGCCUGGGAUUAGACGUGUCUCAUGUGGUGCUACCCCUGAAUCUGACAUCUUUGUGUAACAAAUGCAAAACUGACACUUAGACUUAGCACUUGCUAUCACUUCUGUUAAAAAGAGAAGCCUUGGUUAGGUUGCAGGACUGCUGUCUCUCUGAAUUUAGCUGUAGAUUUUGCUUUAGCCUGUUUGGUGAUCAUGAGAGAUGAUGGGGCCAGGAUCACUCCACCUACUCUAAGGGAACUGUGUGAUAUUUUGGGGCUUGGUGGACCCCUGGUUCCUUUCUGCCUCUGCUGAAUCUCUGGUGAUUUCAGCAGCACCAUAGGCUCCCAGAGACCUGAAUUGUUAAGCUCUGAACUCAAUGGUCUUUCAGCAAGACAGCACAUUGUGAUUCCAGAUUUAGUGACUUCACAGGGUUACCUGUCACAUAAGUCUGACUCUUGUAGCAUCACCUCCUACCUACAUGACUGCUUCAUGGUUCAGCGCUACUGUGCAUUUGCUGCACCUGGGUGUUGCCCGUGUAAACUCAAGUGGCAACGUGAAAGUAGCUGCUUCUCAGUAGUAAGUGGGAUUAGUCUUCAUCACUUGUCAGCUCUGCCUACAGAUUAAUGUUGAAAGAUGGGAAACUGCACUUGUAAUAUUUGCUUUUACACAGGGCAGGCCUUGUUGAGCAAGUCAUGGAGCUGCCAUACUCACUGCUGAGGUGAGGUACAUCCUGUGUGUGUUCUGAUUAGGGAAGGGGUGGAAAAAAGUAGAGCCUGCUGCAGUGACCAGGAAAUGUGGAUUUACAGAAACCUGACCCUCAAUGCCUGCCUACAAAGAUUCCCUGAGCCCAUGGUGUCAAGAUGGCCUUUGGCUGGACACAUGUGCCAGCACAGGUGACAUCUUCACUUUCACCUUGAGAAAGGAGGUCUCAGAUUGGAGUGACAGGGCUGGAGGCUGUCAGGGGGACCUCGCCACUCUCAGGCAAUCCUUCCUGUGUAGCCAUGAGGGAGGGAGCAGACCACUACUCUGCAUGCGGGGAUAAUCUGGCCCAGCUGCUGUCCUGCCCAGCAGAGCACAUUUCAGUGCACAAGUAGCAGGGGUGACAGAGGGUAGCAGCCGCUCUCAACGAAUGCUGCAGGAGAGACCACAUUUUCAGAGACCCCAAGGAGGCAGCACAUUCCUAGAAUGUGUGUGCCAUUUGCUAUAACUCAUUCAUUAAGGACACAGCUGGCUUUACUAGAAACUGAAGAGCCAGUGGUUUGCCUUAUACCACUCAGCCCAAAUUGAAGAGUGCACAAGCCUUUCUCCUCCCCUCAUGUCCAAAGAGGAUAGGCCAGAGGUUCCUAGAGGAACCAGACCACAUCCAGGGGCGCCCAGAGAGAAGGAAAUUGGGCUGUUGGGCACGUGGAAAUGAUCAUGUGGGCCCCAGCCUAGAGGUGCCCUUUCACCACCUUCCCAGCAAGACCUCCAGCUGGUUGGUGAAAGGCCACAGCAGGUGACACACAGACAGAAGGGGACCAGACCUAGACAGAUCAGCUGGGAAAGGCCAUAGGGAGCAACCCUGCUGCCUACCAGGAUGGGUGUAACCACAGCCAGCCCUGACUAGCGCCAGGACAAGGACAGGGCUGGCCUAAAUUAUAUUCCCACCCUGAUGCACCCUAAGCCUCAGGCAGAUUGCAGUUGUCUGCAGUUUAUAAAGCCCAGACAAAAUUAGAGGCUAGGGAACCCCUUUGAGGUCGCAGAGAAACAAGUGCAAAAGGCACCACAAGGAUAGCUCCAGCAGUCAACUUAAAUGCUUUUAUUGACAAUGUCUCUGAACAAUAAUAAGCAAACAAUGCUUAAGUUUCAUCCAAAUUCACUUUCCACAUGUCAAAAAAGACCUCAAGGUAGAAAAAAAUAAAAUAAAAAUAUAAAUAUCUGAGAAUCCAUCUUAAUAAAUAAAUUAAAAACACAAUAAAAACGUUUUCAUGGAAAACUUAUGUCAGAACAUUCAGACCACCUCAACAAUGCAUGAUCAGUAAAGUUACAAUGAACAUCAAUGUAGAACUACAGUACAUGGAUAUAGCUAUUUAUCUACCUACUAGAAAAUAAAAUAGAGUCUCUUUCCCCCCACAUAAGAUGGGUCAUUGCUAAGUCAUCAGAACACGAUAUUGCCAGGAACACAGUAGUUAUUGUUAAUCAGCUGCACUAGAUACGAGUUGGAGAUACCCAGCACCAGGUUAAAUUCCAAUUAUUCAAAACCAAGAGAUUAAUUAGUUAAUGCUAGUGAUACUAAGGAGGGGAGGGAG